AUGAGUGCGUCGGAUGUAGUGCCUAUGAAUGCCUAUGGCUGUGCCGCGGAGUUCAAUGAUGCAUCCAGCGCAACAGCGCAUGAGACCUGUAUGGAUGGCCCGACGACCUGCGGAUCAUGGAGCUCGCAGUCGAAUCAACCUCCGGUUCCGGUCAAAUGUCAUCAUCUGAAACUCGUGUCCACCUUUCAAGAGCUGAUUUCUGGAAUAUGUCUGGAACAAAAACCAAUCAGCACUGGACAAGACAGCAUGCAGUUCAUUGAGAACCGUUUGCUGACUGCGGUCACGCAGAUUGCCGACGCGGGACUCGGGUUCCGUUACAUGGGGUGCCAGGCACAGACAGAUCCUCAGAGCCCAGCCGGCUGCAGAGCUUCCGACGAUAAAGGUAGCGAUGUAGCAACAGCGGCUUCGACUCAGUCACUGCUAGCCUUCUACACUGCUCCCGAGGUGCUCAUGGCCAGAUGCGGCUACGGCGCCGGCGGCAGUAGCCGGCCUCUAUCCAUUUCAGAGCUGCAGAUCGCAGACGCGGCCUCUAGCCCCGCACCUAAGCCUGCAGCUGAGCCCGCCUGCCGAGCAGGCACAGACCCACGGGACCGUCCUGGGAUUCAAACUGUACUGUCGGAGCUUAACGCCAUUGAAGCACGGGUGCGGAAUGUCGCUAAAGCCGCCCGCGGCGGCGGUGGCGGCGGCACCGCCAGGCGGCUGCUCUUCCCGAGCUCCGAUGCAGCGGCGUACAAUGAAGCGGGCCGACUUUAUCAGCCUGCUCGCAGCCCUGCCAGCAUCUAUAUCUAUCAAACAGAGCGCGAUCAGCCACAGAUGGAGUCGCCGCCGACGCCGGCUAAUGAGCCGGGCUGCGCCAUGGGAUCGUCAGAGCCGUACAUUGCGGCCGGACGUUUCCGGCCAGUCAAUCCCCAGGUCAGGUGUCAGGGCGGCGACGACGGCGGCGGAUGCGAUUGGGAGCGGCGGAAUAAGGAGCGAUGCUGCGGCGAUAUUGGCGGUGGUGACUGCGCCGGCAUUGGCCACCUUAUAGUCGGCGGCAUGGAAACAACGACUACGGUAACUGCGGAGCCGCCGCUGCCGUACAGCCUGCGGCUGCAGCCGGACUCUGCGGACCUGCUGCCGGGGCUGCUGUACGGACAGGGACCAAGGUACGAGUUCGGAUACGACAGCCAGUCGCGCUUCUCCGCUGUUCGGGAAGCUUCUCUGGGCGGCCAUGGCUUUGAGUCGUGCAUGUUGGCAGGGCUUGCUGGGCACGUUAUCCUAGACUUGGAUUGUUUCCAAGGGCAGCGCUUUGUACUCUAGUACCAAACUACGAUAGCAAGACUCUCCCCGGGGAUGUCGGCGUUUUCAGUCUCCCUGAGACUGCUUGCAUGUUGGACUUAAACCGUUUCCUAUAUUCCAUAAAAUAUGCUUCCCAUAAAUAUGCUUCCCAUGACAUUGGCUUAUCAUGAAUAGUGACUUUAUGGGAGGAUCCACAGGGUUUUAGGUCGGUCCAAAUAGCUUCAAUUUGGAGCAUCAGGCCCCUCCUAGACGAGGAUAGAAGGUCAAUGGAAUAGUGGACUGGGCGAGCGGACAUGGUUGAGGUUGGUUGCUCCUGUUUUGAGAAGGCUACAGCACUAACGUAUAGCGGGAUGAUAAAGGGUUUGGUACGGCGACCUGGCGUUAAAGCUUCGCAUGAGUUUGGCUUCCUAAAGCAAUUUAAAUUUGCGUUGUUAAAUUGGUUUGCGAGAGCUGCCUGCUGCCGUUGACACUGUGAUUCCCUUCCCGCCACAAUACUUUUCGCCUCGUAUGUCUCAAGAGACCUGCUGUGUGAUUGUUGCUCGUUAUGUGUGCAAUGCUCGGACGUAUAUUUUUUUGCACGCGUCGGCGCUAGCGUCAUGGUCCAAUCUGGAUUUAGCAGCGCAGCACUGAGACGUUGUUGGGCGCUGUGUUGGAUCGACACGUUUUGAUUUCGCAUGUGCGCAUCGUGCUUUUCCCUGUGCACGACUUGUCUGUAGGUUAUCUGGUUUUUGAAAGGUUGCAUGGGGAAGCUUUUCGUCAGGUCACGCAGGUGUGAAGCUAUGUGGUUAUGUGGUGGUGUUUGCGGACCCCAAACCUAAUGGGCCUCACUUCUCAGCUGAGAACGGUGAAGUGUCGUGCCGUGUGCGCCGGCGGCGACGUUAGAGAGGGGGAAAGAGCAGAAAACUGCGACGGGACUUUGCUUUUAAUUGUCCUCGUAUCGCGCUGUGUUGUGCGGGGCGCGGACAGUUUCAGGCAUGCAGGUGUGGGGUUUGUUGCAGAUCCAAGGCCCCGUGUCGGGCCGGUCCUUUUGUGUUUUUGCUCUCUUUUUGCUGUGUGCAAUAAUGCCCCCAGGCAGUCUACUGACGGCCGCAACCCCAGGGGGGCGCAUUCCGUAGGGGAACAAAGGGGAUGGGGAACAACCAUUUCUUCGGUCCAUCGUGCCCCUGCGUAUGUUAGUACACGUCGGGAUAUGUACGCACACAUAUAUGUACAUGUAGACAUGUAAUGCGCGGCUCCGG